AUGUAUUUGAGUGGAAAUGGGUCCCAAGUAAACUCAACGUCGCUGACGAAGCCACCAAGUGGACAACUGGCUGGACCCGACCUAUCGUCGACGAGUAGGUGGUUCAACGGCCCAUCGUUUCUGUACGAGCCGGAAGAUCGCUGGCCAACCCAGCAAGCGGAGUGCACUGGAACGAAAGAAGAAUUAAGAGCGCAAAAAACAGAUAUCGUGAAUGUUCAUCACACUACAGGUAGCACAUUUAUUUCCAUCGAAUGGGACCGUUUUUCCCAGUGGAAUCGCCUAGUUCACUCGAUCGGAUACGUUUUUCGUUACUUACAUAACCGGCGUUGCCAAGCGAGGAACGUCACUGGUCGACAGGGGUACUUAGAGCAAAUCGAACUGGCCGCAGCGGAAAAACUUGUCUUUCGAAUUAUACAAAAUGAGUUCUACUCCGGAGAAAUCGCCAAGUUAAAACAAACUAAUUUACCGAUUGAGCGUCGACGAUUGAAUCGUUCGAGCCCCCUUGCGAAGCUUUCCCCUUUCAUCGACGAAGACGGGAUUUUGCGUAUGGAAUCAAGAAUUACCGCAGCAGCGUUCGUAUCGUACGACACUAAAAAUCCUAUCAUUCUUCCUAGGGAACACUACGCUACUCAGCUAAUCGUUUUAUGGUAUCACAAGAAAUACCUUCAUUGCAAUACGAACACCGUCGUGAACGAGAUAAGACAGCGAUUCCACGUGUCCAGAUUAAAAACGUUAGUUCGACGUGUUGAAAAAUUAUGUGUGUACUGUCGAGUUCACAAAGCUUCCCCUAACGUGCCUAGAAUGAGUCCUUUGCCUGCCGCCCGCUUGAGGGCCUUCUGCAAACCUUUUUCCUUCGUGGGACUGGACUAUUUUGGACCAAUGCAAGUGAGAGUAGGACGCAGUACGGUGAAAAGGUGGGUGGCAUUAUUCACCUGUUUGACCAUCCGAGCUGUCCACCUGGAGGUCGUCCAUUCACUUACCACAACGUCAUGCAAGAUGGCUAUGAGGCGAUUCAUUGGCCGUCGAGGUUCACCAGUCGAAGUCUAUUCGGAUAAUGGCACCAACUUUCUAGGUGCGAAGAACGAUCUCAUCGAAGAGUGCAAAGCUAUCAACGACGAACUCGCAACGACGUUUACGAAUGCCGCCACGAAAUGGUACUUCAACCCUCCUUCCGCGCCUCAUAUGGGUGGUGCGUGGGAGCGCCUUGUAAGAUCUGUUAAAACCGCCUUUUAUGCCAUGACGACAUCUAGAACACCGAAUGAAGAAACAUUCUCUACCGUCAUUGUCGAAGCUGAAUCAGUGGUCAAUUCGAGGCCAUUGACUUUCAUUUUUUUGGAAAACGACACACAGGAAGCUUUGACCCCCAACCACUUCCUGCUCAUGAGUUCCUCGGGCAUUGGUCAGCCGCAUAUGAAGUUUCUCCAACCUGGAAUGGCCCUUAGGGACGACUGGAAUCAUAAUAGGCAUCUGGUUGAUAUUUUCUGGCAUCGCUGGGUGAAAGAGUAUUUGCCUACCAUCGCGAGAAGAACCAAAUGGUUCGAAGAAACGAAACCGCUGGAACCAGGAACCUUGGUGGUUAUCAUCGACGAGUCGAUACGGAAUGGCUGGGUUCGAGGACGCGUAGUAGGUGUUACAAAAGGUGCCGAUGGGAGAGUACGACGAGCUACAGUUCAAACUUCAAAGGGACUUGUUACUAGGCCGGUAGCAAAGUUAGCGGUGUUAGAUAUCGGUAAGACCUCAGGGGACCAUCUGUCUUACGAGCGGGGGGAUGUUGUCGCAACUUUGGCCGCUCCCUUGUUGAAGCAGGAGAAUCCAACUAACGUCAGUGGUGAUGACAGCUAUCGGGCCGGAGACGACGACAUCGUGACUUGCGAUUAG